AUGCUCCAACCAUGCCUACGCCAAAGCCGGAGAGCAUCCCUUUCUCUCUGCUCGCAAUGCUACCAGCUCUAUCACCGCACUCACCCCGCAUCGUCGCAUCCUAAUCUCAUCGCCGCCACCCAAUUCUUCUCCACCCGACCAGCUCGAAAUACAACUCAGACCUCUACGGCCACCGACGUAGACCACGUUCCUCUCCGAAAACAGCUCAAACAAGAUGCGAAGUCCGUCAAGGCCCGCCAAAGAGAAACCAGACAUAAGGAAGAAGCAUCGCGGCAACAAUGGGAGUUGACCGUAGGGGUUGAGAUCCAUGCGCAAUUGGAUACGGAGGCCAAAUUAUUUUCUCGAGCGUCGACGGUACUGAGCGACAUUCCGAAUUCCAAUGUCGCUCUCUUUGACCUGGCAUUUCCCGGGAGUCAACCGGAAUUUCAAGCUGCGACACUCCUCCCCGCCCUGCGCGCUGCCAUUGCCUUUAAUUGCGACAUCCAAUCUGCCAGUCGAUUCGACCGAAAACACUACUUUUACCAGGACCAACCGGCCGGGUACCAGAUCACCCAGUACUACGAACCCUUCGCCAAAAAUGGCUAUGUCGACUUAUAUGAUUACGACGGUAUCGCACCGGAGGAUGGAAAACACGUACGUAUUGCGAUCAAACAAAUCCAGCUGGAACAGGAUACGGCGAAGUCCCAAGACUAUCCGCCGUCGACCCAAUUACUCGACUUCAACCGCGUUUCGCAUCCGCUCAUCGAGAUCAUCACCAUGCCGCAGAUCCAUAACCCUGCUACGGCCGCCGCAUGUGUCCGGAAGAUUCAAGCUAUCCUUCAAUCAUGCAGCGCAGUCUCCACAGGAAUGGAGCUAGGGGGUCUCCGUGCUGACGUCAAUGUGUCCGUUCGUCGACGAGAUGAAGCGCCGGGUACCCAUGAAUACGACGGGGUCAGCGGGUUAGGCCAGCGGACAGAAAUCAAGAACCUCAGCAGCUUCAAGGCUGUUGAGGAAGCAAUUAUUGCGGAAAAGAACCGGCAAAUUGGUGUCUUGGAAAGCGGAGGUGUGAUCGAAGGAGAAACCCGUGGUUGGACCAUUGGUAGUACAGAGACCCGGAGACUCAGAGGUAAAGAGGGCGCGGUGGAUUAUCGUUACAUGCCGGACCCGGAUCUCCCGCCAUUGUUCAUAGGCGAGGACCUAAUUGGCGGGCUCCACGAGAAACUGCCUUUAGCUCCGGAUGAGGUGUUACGGACAUUGGUUGGCUCUGAAUAUGGCCUUUCAGUGGAGGAUGCCAAACCAUUGAUCGAGUUGGACGACGGAGCGCGACUGGAAUACUACCACGACGUGAUUGAUAUCCUCUCCGAACUCCAAACAGGCCAGCAAAACAAAUCCCUCAAGGACCUCACACGCGCCGCCGGCAACUGGGUCCUCCACGAAUUGGGCGGCCAUCUCACCAAGUCAAACUUAUCAUGGGACCCAGACCUCGUUCCUGCCCGAUCCUUAGCAGAAAUAAUUGACCAGCAAAACCGAAACCGCAUCACCGGUGCAACCGCCAAGGAGGUGCUAUCCAUGGUAUUCAACGGCGACCGCCGCCCCAUCGCACAACUCGUCGAGGAAGAAAAUCUGGUCUUCCACCCACUAUCUCGGGAGGAAUAUAUCGAACUGGCACAGGCUGCUAUCGCAUUGAACCCACAGAUGGUCGAGCAGAUCCGUGCGAAGAAUCAGGUGGGCAAGAUUGGGUGGUUUCUGGGACAGAUGAUGCGGAUGGGAGAGAAGGGGCGGGUAGAAGCGCCCAGGGCGAAUGAGAUCUUGAAGGAGUUGAUAUUGGGGAAUGGUCAACAAUGA